UUUACAAGGCAAACAAAUUCAUGGUGGGAUACAAAUAGGGCAAAAGGUCAUUGGAACUUCGGCUGGUCGUUGCAUGAGAGAUGAGCGUAGUUUAGUUCAAGUUAUGGUCUCUAGGUCAUAUCUAACUCCUUGCGUUAUAUGUGAUGAGAAGCUGUGUGGAAAGGCCCUAUCAUGUAUGGUGUGUGAAGAUAAAUAUCACCCUUGGUGUUUUAAAGCUCGGGACCAAAUGUUAUUUGGCCAUCCACUUCAUUCUGAUCACAUGAUCAUCAUUUCAUUGAAAAGCAGAGGAUCUGAGUGCAUUGCUUGCAAACUAAAGAUUGUAGAGUAUGGCUAUCAUUGUGAAAUUUGCAAAGUCAAUUUCCAUGUGAAAUGCAUCAAAGGGGUGCAGGUAUCAGGAAUUGGGUCUCACAAGCACACUCUCUAUAACUUCUUGAUGGAUGAUAACUCGCAGUUCACUCCAACUUGUAAUGUUUGUGCAAGACUGUGUGGUGUGUCACUCUACGGAUGUAUUGAUUGUAACUUCAGUGCCCAUGUUGAGUGUAUUGGGUUCCCUAUUAAUGUGAAAAACCAACGGCAUCGGCAUAUUGUCACACAGAUGUAUUCUAUGUUCAAUGAUAGGAAAUGUUGUUUUCUAUGUGGAUCAAAGGGAAGGGAUUGGAUGUAUUCUUGCAAGAAUUGCAGUCUUGUUUUUCAUAUGGAAUGCAUAAUUCCCAUGGGUUACCGCAAGGCUGCCGGAGAGGAGAAAGAACAGCAACAAAUAUCUAUUGUUGAUAUUGAUCUCCAGAAGCUUCUUGGACCAAAAAUUGAAUAUCAGUUUGUUUGACUUCUAUAUCAAUGCCUAAAAAAUUCCUAUCUUUGUUUGGUUUCUAUUUUUCACCGAGGUCAACUAGUCUCUUUUUUUUUCAUCACUACACUUUGGGAAGAUUGUUUCUUCAUCAGGCUUUGUCUCUAA